AGUAAAGCCAUAAAGUGAGCCAUCACUGAAGGAUCUGUGUUGUUCCUCCAGCUUGUCAUCUCCUUACUCUGAAAGACUGUAGUUCUGAGGUCUAGAAACUUUACAGCUUGAGACUACGAAUGGAACUACAAAUACAUCAGAGCUCCGCAAACAACAAAGUGGCUCAUCCUCAGGAGCCUCACCACCCCUCUGAAAAGCCAGUCAUCCACUGCCAUAAAUGUGGGGAGCCAUGUAAAGGUGAAGUACUCCGUGUUCAGGCCAGACAUUUUCACAUCAAAUGCUUCACCUGCAAAGUGUGUGGCUGUGACUUGGCGCAAGGAGGCUUUUUCAUUAAGAACGGGGAAUAUCUUUGUACCCUCGAUUACCAGCGCAUGUAUGGUACCCGCUGCAAUGGUUGUGGGGAGUUUGUUGAAGGAGAAGUGGUGACAGCUCUGGGAAAGACUUACCACCCGAACUGCUUUGCCUGUACUAUUUGCAAACGCCCAUUUCCACCAGGUGACCGGGUAACCUUUAAUGGAAGGGAUUGUCUCUGUCAGAUGUGUGCUCAGCCAAUGUCCUCCAGUCCAAAAGAAAUGUCUGCCUCAAGCAAUUGUGCUGGCUGUGGAAGAGAUAUAAAAAACGGACAAGCAUUGCUAGCUCUGGAUAGGCAGUGGCACCUGGGAUGCUUUAAGUGCAAGGCCUGUGGGAAGGUCCUUACAGGAGAAUACAUCAGCAAAGAUGGUGCUCCUUAUUGUGAAAAGGACUAUCAGGUUCUUUUUGGUGUCAAAUGUGAAGCGUGUCACCAGUUCAUCACUGGGAAAGUCCUAGAGGCAGGUGACAAGCAUUAUCAUCCAAGUUGUGCACGAUGCAGCAGGUGCAACCAGAUGUUCACAGAAGGAGAAGAAAUGUAUCUGCAAGGUUCCACUGUGUGGCAUCCCGACUGUAAGCAAUCCACUAAGACUGAAGAUAAGCUACGGCAUUCCUCAUCUGAAUUCUUUUAUCCAAAGAGUCUGGUUCUGCGCAGGCCACGCUCUGCAGAGCUGUUAUCACCGCCUUGCAUAAUGAACUCUAUCAAAAAACUAAGGCAGCCUACAAGAACAUCAUCAGAAAGUAUUUAUUCCAGACCAGGUUCCAGUAUACCUGGCUCACCAGGCCAUACUAUCUAUGCAAAAGUAGACAAUGAGAUCCUUGAUUACAAGGAUUUAGCAGCUAUUCCCAAAGUCAAGGCCAUAUAUGACAUUGAACGUCCAGACCUAAUUACUUAUGAGCCAUUCUACACUUCUGCCUACGAGGACAGACAGGAGAGACAGAGUCUUGGAGAGUCUCCAAGGACAUUAUCUCCUACCCCUUCUGCAGAAGGUUAUCCGGAUGUUCGAGAUCGCAUGAUUCACAGAUCUACUAGUCAGGGCUCUAUUAAUUCUCCAGUGUACAGUCGCCACAGCUACACACCCACCAUGUCACGUUCCCCUCAGCAUUUCCACAGACCUGGCAAUGAGCCGUCCAGCGGUCGGAACUCCCCUGUCCCCUAUCGGCCAGACAGCCGCCCUCUCACUCCAACUUACGCUCAGGCCCCUAAACAUUUCCAUGUUCCAGAUCAAGGCAUCAACAUUUACAGAAAACCACCAAUCUACAAACAACACGGAGCUGACAUGAGACGCAGAUCAAGUGGAAGAGAGGAGGAAGAUGAAGAACUACAGAGACGCCGGCAGCUGCAGGAGGAACAGCUUUUGAAGCUCAACUCUGGUCUGGGACAAUUGAUACUGAAAGAAGAGAUGGAAAAAGAGCUUCGUGAUAGGUCAUCCCUUUCUGCCAGUCGUUACGACUCUCCAGCACAUGCUUCAGCUUCCAAAACUUCUUCUCUCCCUGGCUAUGGAAGAAAUGGGCUUCAUCGGCCAGUGUCUACAGAUUUUGGUCAGUACAACAGUUACGGGGAUGUGAGUGGCGGAGUUAGAGAUUUCCAGUCCCUCCCGGAUGGUCAUGUCCCUGGAAUGAGAAUGGACAGAGGAGUAUCUAUGCCUAACAUGUUGGAGCCAAAGAUUUUUCCAUAUGAAAUGCUCAUGGUGACCAACAGAGGGCGAAAUAAAAUUCUAAAAGAUGUAGACAGAACCAGGCUUGAGCGUCACUUAGCACCUGAAGUUUUUCAAGAAAUAUUUGGCAUGACAAUACAGGAGUUUGACAAGUUACCUCUCUGGCGACGCAACGACAUGAAGAAAAAAGCAAAACUCUUUUAAACUCCCUUUAAACAAACCAACAAAGAAUGAUGCAUAGGAUGUUGUAUCAUACAGUCCAAAUUAUUUGGAAACAACUACUUAACCACCAAAAAGGGAAAAUCACAUAGUGGCACCUCUAUGCACAGCAAUUGAACAAGAUGAAUAUUUGCCCUCCUAGAGCAUAGGGAGAAAAUAUCUAUGCUCAGAAGCAAUGAUGAUAUUUUUCACAGGUGUCAACCUUUUACAUCAUAUUAUACAAGAUAGGAAACUGUUCUGUUCUUCUCCUUCAAUGAUGUUCCCCUUACUUUUCUCCAUAAUAUGAUGGACUUAAUUGCUAGAGCCAGGAAGUGCCCUUAGGAUGCCUUGUAGACUAAAGUAGUUGUCACCACUCCAAGAACACCCCUCCCCCCAAACAUACAUAUAUAUAUAUAUAUAUAAAACACGUGUAUAUAUAUAUAUGUAUGCGAGUUUGUGUGUAUGCGUGUUUGUAUUUAUAUCUAUCCAUCUAACUAUCUAUAUAUAUCUGUGUGUGUAUGUAUGUGUAUAUAUGUGUAUAUAUAUGGAAAGAAAGAUAGAUAUUCUGUAGUUAAGAAGAAGCCCUUUGAAACUUAUCCAUAUGGUUACAUUAAUCCUUUUGCACAGCUGUUUCUUAAUUGGCACUCUUUUGAAAUGGCAUCUUCUUUGUUGAUAAAAAUCUGUAAAGCAGGAUUCUCUGCUUACUUACACUGCAUACCAAUUGAAUUGUUGGAAAAUAGACUCCUUGCUUAUACUUGUACAUAUUUGCUAAGAUAUAGGUAGUGAAUUAUAGUGUCUGUUGUCAGUCUUCCCUCUCCCAUACUUUCUGCUUGAAUUAAUAAGGCUGGAGCUUAACCAGUCAUUUAAGUAGUUUAAGAUCACUUAAGUAAUAGGAAUGAUGGAGAAGAGUCAGUUUUCUUGAUAUUUAGUCCAGGAGAUGGGGUGGGAGUGACAGAGUAAGAAAAUACAUGUCUAAGUGUGCCCUGGUUCCCACCCAGAGAUUUUGGGACAGACUCCCUGCUAGUAAUUACUAGUACAACUCUUCAAACUGCAGUGAAAUUGCAGUAUUUUAUAUCAGCAGGGAAGUUGGUUCUCUGAAAACCAACACCGAAUUUCAUCCCUCUUGGGGAGGGAUGUGUAUGAGUUAAAAGGUACCAUCAAGGUGCCAUAUUCUGCCAAUAAAGGCUCUUUGAUUAAAUUGCAGUUGCUGAUGUCAAUAUGGCACAGUGCAUGGAGCCAAGCACCCUCUUUUUAAUCAAUAUAGUUCCAAUUGUGCUUGGAAAAGGGGCAUGAACAUUUUUUCUUCUCUCUUGAAGUUUCAAAGCUCCAGCCUUGGUUAUCUUUAUUUGCCUUCGUGCCUGACAUAGUUUGUGAAGAGAGAGAAAUCAUGCAAGAUAGUUUCUGAGCUGCAUUGACAUCUAUAUUGCUUUUGGUCUUCUUCCACUAUGCUGCAGCUUUAAGAACUGCCUGUACAUACUUUAACUGCCUAUAGGGAGGUCCUAUACAAAGGAGGGUGAGCAUUGAAGCAAUUGAAUGAAUGCUUUGUGGCUGCAAAGUCAGCUUUUUCUCUACCUUGGUGCUUAACUGCCAAUGCAUAAUGCACUAAUUAGUGUAUCUCCUGAUAUGGGAGAGGAUCAUUUAGGUUCUGUGUCUGUCUAAGAAUAUCAAAUUUUCAUUUUUAAUGCAGAACUGUUGGCACAGGAGACAUCAGAACCCUUGUAUUUUCUAUUAUGGGAGACACUGGUGUUAAAAUCCGGAAGUCAGGAAGGGGAAUGAUCUUACACAGUUGUGAGUAUGGCUGUGUUGACUUCUGUACAUCACCAAAUGGCAUUUCACUUCCAAUGGCAGCCUAACUAAAAUGAAUGUACAGGACAGCCCAAAUUCUGCCUUUUCUUUGCUGGUUUAGGAAGCCCUGUUGCAACAUACCAGUGUGGUUCCUUUGAUAAAAUCUGGGUUAAAGAUUCAGUAUAUGAGAGGUUGAUGCAAGUGAUCAGCACCACCAUGUUCCUCUAGGUAAGGGAAUGGGUGAGUCGAAGCAGCUCACAGCUCUGUGCACUAGACUUAAUAUUGCUUUGCUUCCAAUCGAGAAUCAAAGAGUUUUCUGAGCUUUAACUUCAUGCCUGUAGUUGAUUCCUCUUAGCUGUCUCAACCAUCUGCAUGUAGAUACGCCCAAGAGAUUUCAUGUCCGUGAAACCCAUCCUGCUGCCAGCCACAGAAUGCAUGUUUGUUUUCUGCAGUGGGCUAUUAGCAAUUUUCACUGCAACAUUUUCUGUUCUUUCAUCAGCUUGCCCCACCUAAUAAACACAGAGAUGAAAGCCCAGGGAGAAUUUUCUUCCUAAGCAGUAAAGCUUUUUACCAGUAGCAAUCCAGUAGCAUUUUGCUUGUUGGGCAGCUCUAUCCUCUUGGGCAGUUCUUUGUAAUUCCCUUGAGACACGUUGCUGAUAGUUGAAUUGAUUAUUGCAAUACGGCACAGAAGCAGAUUUUGUUUAGAGCUUGGUAGUAAGCUCUGAUUCGGUAAAUACUUAAGCCUGUAAAGAAGUGCCUUAAGUAUACGCUUAAUUUCCUGUCUCCUACAAAGCAUUUGAGCUUCUGAUAAACGCCCGUUGAACUUGAUGUUGACAGAGAGUCACUGCCAUAAGCUCUGAAAACCAAUUGCUUUUGCUCUUUUUUCUCCUUUCUGCGUUAAGAGCCAUAUAAGAGCAAAGAUACGGUGUCAAAGCAGGCAUCCAGGAUGGAACUGUAAAAUAAACAUGCAUGUGCACAAAAUUGGAUUAUGUACACAUGCAGGUUUUCAAAGACAAAUACACACAUAGCACACAUUCCCCGUUUGGAGUUGAGAUACCAUGUGAGUAUUUAGCCUGGAAUUUCCAAAUAGUGCAAGGUAUUCAAUAGAUAGGAAUCAUUAGAUGAUGAUAGCUGUCAUUUGUAUGUGUGCGUGUGUCUACUGGGCAUGUGGAUACCUGAUUCUGUGCACUCUAUAUUGAGUGUACCAAAGACAGGGUCAGUUUCCCACAUUGUCAAAUGCCAAGUUGGCCAUAGGCAAUAUUAUUUUCAAGACCUUUUCUGGCAUAUGUGAAAAGGUGCAGCACCCAUUCCUGACACUGCUUAGAUGAAAGGAUAAUAUCCUGUGCAAUAGUCUUCAUGUUACUGAGGAAUCCAGUAAUUUUACUACUAGUUUUUGUCCCCUCUUCAGAUACUGGUAUGAAAAUUCCCAUGUGAACUAUUGGAAAACAGUUCUGCCUUACAGUGGGAACAACUGGCCACACCCCAUAUCCUUGCUUUCACUUAGUGUGGGCUGCACCAUACUGGGAGUCAGAAGUUGAAAGUUUUAAAAGUGUUGAAAUAAGUAUGCUUUUCAUUUUAGUUGACGAUAAUAGAAUUAAGUCAACUUGAAGAGUAGAUUUGGAAAUUACUUAACUGUCCAUUAUUUCCCAAUGAAACAAUUGUGGCCUCAAUCAAGUAAGUAAGCUGAAUGUAGCAUCUCAAGUCUGCCAGUGUCCUAUCCCAGACUUGCUAAACUUUCCCUACAACUGGAAGAGUAAGUUCUUUUGAAGCUUGCUCAAGGAAUUUCAUGAUUUUUUUGUUUGUUAUCAUUUCAUGCUGAUGUCAUUAAGACAGUUUUUAGUGGCUUGUGUCCAAAAACAUACUUGUUUUCAGUUUAGCUAGUAGCCUUUCAUUAAAUACAACUUGUGAUGAGUUGUAGACUCCAGCUAGCUGCAGUGUGCUGUGAAAGGUUGGACUAGGAAAGCAGUAAGUUUUUUAAUGGCCAUAUGUGGGGAAAGACAGCUCUAUUGUUCAAAUAAUGUUUUUACUUCUAUCAAGACAGAUUUCAUCUCUCCCUGCAAGGCUGCAUGGUCUUAAGUCUGUUUAGCCUGGAAAACAGAAGACUGAGGGAGGAUCUUAUCAAUGUCUAUAAGUACCUGAAGGGAGGGUGUCAAGGGGACAGGGACAAACUCUUUUCAGUUGUCCCCUGUGACAGGACAAGAGGCAAUGAGCAAAAAUUGAACCACAGGAAGUUCCGCCUGAAUGUGAGCGGGAAUUUCUUCCCUGUGAGGGUGACAGAGCACUGGAACAGGUUGCCCGGAGAGGCUAUGGAGUCUCCUUCUCUGGAGAUAUUCAAGGCCCGCCUGGAUGCAACCCUGUCUGACAUGCUCUAGGUGACCCUGUUUGAGCAGAGAGGUUGGACUAGAUGAUCUCCAGAGGUCCCUUCCAACCUUACCCAUUCUGUGAUUCUGUGAAGUCUGUGUGAAGUGCUGAAGUCCUAACUGUUCUUUCUCUAUUGCAAUUUGGAAAUCCUUUUCCAGACAUACACGAAGUUCCACUGUUCAAGGAAGGUCACUAGAAGUCUCUUUUGUAAAAAUCUGUUACACUGAUAUAUUUUGAACUGAAAUCCUUUUCUGUAAGCCACUUCUUUUCCUGAUACAUUCAUGCCAUGGCAGGUGAUACUCAUGAAUGGAGAAAUGUUAAGUUCUGGUAGAAAGAUGGCAAGUCUGUCCCAUGGGAAAGAGGAGGGCUGGAGGAGGGGUUGAUUUCCCAGUUGAAAACCUGAAUUUCCCAGGGUCAAGUUUAGUUGACUUAGGGGGGAAAAAAGCAUGCCAAUCUGAACCUGUGCUCCAUGUUUCAAACCCUGGGAAAGUCAAGUUUGGAGUACCUGUAAAUCAUGAGCGUCUGUGCUGAAAAUAAUAUGGAGAGGUUAGAAGAAGUGACAGAAAAAAUAAUCCCCCAAACAGUAAGAAUAUGAACAUCCUCUAAGCCCAGCAUGGGGUGUUUUAUCUUGGCUCCUUCUGACUUUAGUAAAGUCUAGGAUAUCUUGGCACAUAUGAGUCUUAGCCUCAUACAGUGCUGGUAAAGUCUUUCUCCCACUCCAGGAUUCAUUACUUUCCUUCAGUGUUUAUUUGUGGAGGAAGAUGUCCACCAAAACAGCCAAAGAUGAUGGUGAUGAUGAUGCAAUAAAAAAACAUACAAGAAGCAAGAAAAUUAACUGACCUGUCCUGAGCUGACACUCAUCUUUCCAUGGCAGAGAGACACUUAGGGCUUGAUCCCACAGCCUCUUUCCUCCUUGAGUUAGUUCCAGGUCAUGGUUUGGUUCUUUGUGCCCUGUCAAACGUUUUGGUCCUGUCAGCACCCCUAGUGAAGUGCACAUUUGCAGCAGAGCCUUCAGGGUAGACACAUAGUAAGAAGUGGUUUUGACAAUGUAUGGUAUGUUUUACCUCAUUGCUAUGUAAUGAAGAGCUAGACAAAGCUACAGAACACUGUGAUGGUAGAGCAAUAUGCCUUUUCCUUUAAGUUUGGAAACACCCUUAUCACUGUGGGUUGCAGGACUGCUGAGGCUGUGGUGAGUUUUGCCUUCUGAUUUCUCCCACACACCUUAGGCUUUGUGCUUAAUAAAAAUAAGGAACAAAAAGUUUAGCUCAGUGCAAAGAUACAGAGUUCUUAGACAACUCUGCUGGCAGGAGCUAUUUGAUGCUCACAUUGGCAUGAAGGGAAUAAGUAUUAUUAAUUUUAAUGUAAGCAUCAGUGCAGGAAGUGUGAUUGUAAUUGGCCAUUAGUUUGCCUGUACGCAAAAUAAAUUAUUUGUUGCCCAAAGGGCUGUUAACAGGGAAAUGGAUUUCUGCUAAUUACUUCCCAAAAUAAUGCUUGUCCAUGUGAAGAGGUAGUACUUCCAUAUGCAUUAUGAUCUUUCUCUCGCAAGGUGAAAAGAGACAACUCUGAAGGCAAACAACAAUCCAUUUUGUUAGAAUCACUGCAGUUAAUAAAAGUGGUGCUCCUAGGGCUUGAGAAUCUAAGGCCCACAGAACCUUGCUCCUAGGUGUUAGCAAAUGAAAUAUUUAAAGACAUAAAGAUGCAGAAGCAGCUGCAAGGAUUCCAGUGGUGCCUUUACAGGCUGGCUUUCUAACUCAUUUAGGCACUUUGACAGAUCCCCGUGGACGCCUGUUUGGGCUUUUUUUCACUGACCUCCUUUCAGAAAAUGCAUCCCCUAGGCCAGGUGUAAAAUUGCUGGAACCAGUGGAGCCUGUCAUUGACAUCCACAUGCUUUGGACUAGGCUCUUUCCUGGCUGGCUGGACCAGGGAAGUCUCUGACUGCAGUAUAUAUCCACAGCAGCAAGCUCUGCAUGUCACUGAUGGAUCUGUCCUAGCCAAGCAGUGUGACUUUGUAGGAGUUGAUGACAACUUUUCCCAUAAUGGGGCAUUACAGCUCGGGGCUUUUUUUAAGUUUUGGAGAUUGAUUUGGAGGCAUGUAGGCCCACAGUUUUCAGUAGGUUUGUGCGUAUGUUCCAGUAUGCCUUGUUUCUCUGUCUCCUGCAUGUUUAUAGUCAUUUCAUUUCCGGCCACUUCACAACCCUCAGAAAUAUGUCAGACCAUUAAAAAUGAACUAUGACUUAAUAA